UGUUCCGCUGAUGGAGAGCGGAGCCUCAUGCCAAGACUUUCCGCCUCGCUUGUUUAGCUUCAACCCACGGGUUGGGAUUUGGCUACGUCGCGACUUCCAUACCGACGACUUCGAAAUCCCAGAUUCACCCUGCAACUUCAUGACGCUGGGGAGCCACCGAACCCACCAUGAGUUACAGCAAGAAAGACGAAGACGCCGACACUGCAAUCAUGCGGGUUGAUCGCACCAGUGUCUUCCAAGAAGCACGAUUAUUCAAUUCCUCUCCCAUUCAGCCUCGAAGAUGUCGAGUCCUCCUCACGAAAAUUGCCCUCCUCCUCUAUACUGGGGAGAAGUUCCCUACCAAUGAAGCCACCACCCUGUUCUUCGGGAUCUCGAAGCUCUUCCAGAAUAAAGAUGCCAGUUUACGGCAGAUGGUCCACCUUAUCAUCAAGGAGUUGGCGCACUCGGCGGAGGAUAUUAUUAUGGUUACAAGCACGAUCAUGAAGGAUACUGGGGGGGGAACAGAUGCAAUCUACAGACCCAAUGCGAUUCGAGCCCUCUGCCGGAUUAUUGAUGCUUCCACUGUCCAAAGUAUCGAGCGUGUUAUGAAGACGGCUAUCGUCGACAAGAAUCCAUCAGUAUCCUCUGCCGCCCUCGUUUCAUCAUACCACCUCCUUCCUAUAGCCCGCGAUGUUGUGCGAAGAUGGCAGAGCGAAACACAAGAAGCUGCGUCGUCAACGAAGUCGUCUGGCGGAUUCUCUCUUGGAUUCUCUACAUCCGGAAGUGCCCAGCCGGUCAACAACUCGACUAUGACACAAUACCAUGCGAUUGGCUUGUUAUACCAAAUGAGAAUGCAUGACAGGAUGGCUUUGGUCAAGAUGGUGCAGCAAUUUGGAACUGCAGGAGCUGUGAAGAGUCCAGCAGCCACCGUGAUGCUUGUUCGACUAGCAGCUCAGUUGGCAGAGGAAGACCCACAACUCCGGAAACCCAUGAUGCAGCUCUUAGACGGCUGGCUCCGACAUAAGAGCGAGAUGGUCAAUUUCGAGGCAGCAAAGGCAAUUUGUGAUAUGCGAGAUGUUACGGACGCCGAGGUCACCCAAGCUAUCCAUGUUCUCCAGCUCUUCCUCACUUCUCCUCGAGCUGUCACCAAAUUUGCAGCAAUUCGAAUUCUUCACAAUUUCGCUUCCUUCAAGCCGCAAGCAGUACACCCCUGCAAUCCAGACAUUGAGCUCCUUAUCUCAAAUACCAACCGUUCGAUCGCUACAUUUGCUAUUACGACUCUCCUGAAGACGGGUAACGAGGCCAGUGUGGAUCGCUUGAUGAAGCAAAUCUCUGGUUUCAUGGCCGAUAUUACGGAUGAAUUCAAGAUUACUAUUGUCGAGGCUAUUCGUACGCUUUGUCUGAAGUUUCCCAACAAGCAAGCUGGUAUGCUUGCAUUCCUCAGUGGUAUUCUUCGAGAUGAAGGUGGUUACGAGUUCAAGCGUGCGGUUGUGGAGAGCAUGUUUGACUUGAUCAAAUUUGUGCCUGACUCGAAAGAGGACGCUUUGGCCCAUCUCUGUGAAUUCAUCGAGGACUGCGAGUUCACAAAACUGGCUGUUCGUAUUCUACAUCUUCUCGGACUCGAAGGACCGAAGACUUCGCAGCCUACGAAGUACAUUCGAUAUAUCUACAACCGAGUCGUUCUAGAAAAUGCUAUUGUCAGAGCUGCAGCAGUCACAGCGUUAGCGAAGUUUGGCGUUGGACAACAGGAUCCUGAAGUCAAGCGCAGUGUUCAGGUUCUUCUCACUCGAUGCUUAGAUGAUGUUGACGAUGAAGUGCGAGACCGUGCUGCGUUAAGUCUGAGAUUGAUGACUGAGACUGACGAGAUGGCAAAUCGUUUCGUCAAGAAUGAAAACACAUUCGCACUUCCAUACUUCGAACAUCAACUCGUCAUGUAUGUUACCGCUGACGACAAGUCAACUUUCGACAAUCCAUUCGACAUUGCUGCUAUUCCCAUUGUUACCAAGGAACAAGCAGAUGCCGAGGAUAGAACCAAGAAGCUCACUACUAUCACUCCAACCAUCAAAGCACCCAAGGCUGGCCCGACCAAAGCUACGCCAUCAAGUACAGAAGCUGCCGCAUCAGCGACUGCCGCAGCUCAGAAAUACCAACAAGCACUUCUCCAAAUUCCAGAGAUGAAGGCCUAUGGCAGCGUGUUGAAAUCGUCGCCUGUGGUUGAGUUGACAGAAUCGGAGACCGAGUAUGUUGUCAGCGUCGUCAAGCACAUCUUCAAGGAACAUAUUGUUCUCCAGUAUGAGGUCAAGAACACUCUUCCGGAUACUGUUCUUGAAGAUGUCUCGGUUGUGGCCACUCCUGCAGAGGAAGAAGAACUCGAGGAAGACUUCAUCAUCCCAGCGGCUAAGCUUGCCACAGAUGAGCCAGGUACAAUUUAUGUCUCUUUCAAGAAGACAAAUGGUGAAUCUUCAUUCCCAGCAAGCAGCUUUACCAACGUGUUGAAGUUUACCACAAAGGAGAUUGAUCCAUCAAGUGGUGAGCCUGAGGAAAGUGGAUAUGAUGAUGAGUAUCAGGUUGAGGAUUUGGAGCUCACGGGAAGCGACUAUGUUGUCCCCGCAUUCGCUGGAAACUUCAAUCACAUCUGGGAGCAAGUUGGAGCUGCAGGUGAAGAAGCUGAAGAGACACUACAACUCAGCGGUGUCAAGAGUAUCGCAGAUGCAACCGAGCAAUUGGCCAAGACUCUCUCAUUACAACCCCUCGAAGGUACCGACGUACCAAUCAACACCACCACUCACACCCUCAAGCUCUUCGGCAAGACCGUCACAGGCGGUAAAGUCGUGGCCAACAUCCGGAUGGCAUACUCAUCCAAAUCAGGCGUCACAAGUAAAAUCGUGGUUCGAAGCGAAGAGGAAGGAGUCGCUGCUCUGGUCAUUGGGUCGGUUGCUUAAGUACAAUAGCGAGAAUUGGAGUUGGGCAUCUGUGUC